CCACCACCUCUCCAAGGCCCACUUGCUCAUCCCUGGGCCCUCCUGCUCCCAGGCCGGGGGGGCCACCAUGGCCUGCCGCUCCUGCGUCGUUGGCUUCAGCAGCCUCAGUGGCUGUGAGGUGACUCCUGUGGGCAGCCCCCGGCCUGGAACCUCAGGAUGGAGCAGCUGCGUGGCCCCAGGGCCAAGCUUCAGUUCCCACAGCCUCACAAGCUGCCGGCCAGCUGAUACCAUCCCCAAGGUGACCGUGAACCCCAGCCUGCUGGUGCCCCUGGACCUCAAGGUAGACCCAGCCAUCCAGCAGCAGAAGAACCAGGAGAAGGAGGAGAUGAAGGUCCUCAAUGAUAAAUUUGCCUCCCUGAUUGGCAAGGUACAAGCCCUGGAACAGCGCAACCAGCUGCUGGAGACCCGCUGGAGCUUCCUGCAAGGCCAGGACUCAUCCACAUUUGACCUCGGGCACCACUAUGAAGCGUUCCAGGCCCGGCUUCAGGAGGAGCUACGCAAAGUGAGCCAGGAGCGGGGACAGCUGGAGGCCAACCUGCUACAGGUGCUGGAGAAGGUGGAGGAGUUUCGAAUCAGGUAUGAGGACGAGAUCUCUAAGCGCACAGACCUGGAGUUCACCUUUGUCCAGCUGAAGAAGGACCUGGAUGCUGAGUGUCUUCGACGGACCGAACUAGAAACCAAGUUAAAAGGCCUGCAGAGCUUCGUGGAGCUGAUGAAAACUGUCUAUGAGCAGGAGCUGAAGGACCUGGCAGCCCAAGUGAAGGAUGUGUCAGUGACAGUUGGCAUGGACAGCCGCUGCCACAUUGACCUAAGUGGUCUAGUGGAGGAGGUGAAGGCCCAAUAUGAUGUCAUCGCAGCUCGCAGCCUGGAAGAGGCUGAGGCGUACUCACGGAGUCAGCUGGAGGAGCGGGUCGCCCGCUCAGCCGAGUUCGGGAGCAGCCUCCAGAGCAGCCGCAGCGAGAUCGCUGAUCUCAACGUGCGCAUCCAGAAGCUUCGGUCCCAGAGCCUCUCCAUCAAGAGUCAUUGUCUGAAACUGGAGGAGAACAUCAAGACCACUGAAGAGCAGGGUGAACUGACCUUCCAGGACGCCAAGGCCAAGCUAGCCCAGCUGGAGGCCGCCCUGCAGCAGGCCAAGCAGGACAUGGCCCGGCAGCUGCGCGAGUACCAGGAGCUCAUGAACACCAAGCUGGCCCUGGACAUCGAGAUCGCCACCUACCGCAAGCUGGUGGAGGGCGAGGAGAGCAGGAUGGACCUUCCCUCAGCCACUGUGGUCAGUGCUGUGCAGUCCAGAUCCAGAAUCGCUGCCUCCAAGUCAGGCCUCUCCAGGGCUCCCUCCCGGAAAAAGAAGAACCGAAGAGGCCCUGUGAUUCAAAUCACUGAAAUGUCAGAGAAGUACCUCUCACAGGAGUCAGAGGCCUCGGAGUAA